GUCAAACAAACAUGUAUUAAAUCUCUGUCUUUUAAAAAAAAAUUUAAACACGGAGAUAUUUGCGGGCAACUAAAAUCCGUGUGUCAGGUCCUCAGCCUCCGGUGUCAUUGGUGAAUGACCGAAGAUGUCUCACUGCAGGUUGUUUGCCAGGCUGCUUUUGCAGCAGAGUGGAGUCAGGCACUGUUAUACAGGAACAAGACAGAAUCUCUACAUCACCAAGGACUCGAAAGUCAUCUGCCAAGGUUUCACAGGGAAGCAGGGAACAUUUCACAGUCAGCAGUCCCUUGAUUAUGGCUCCCUGUUAGUCGGAGGUGUUUCCCCCGGUAAGGGUGGUAAGACACACCUCGGCCUGCCAGUCUUCAACUCGGUCAAGGAGGCAAAGGAGGGCACAGGGGCAGAUGCUACUGUGAUUUAUGUGCCGCCUCCGUUUGCGGCAGCAGCCAUCAUCGAGGCCAUUGAUGCAGAGAUAGCCCUGGUGGUCUGCAUCACCGAGGGCAUCCCCCAGCAGGACAUGGUGAGAGUCAAACAUCGGCUCCUGCGUCAGAGCGCCACCCGCCUCAUAGGCCCCAACUGUCCAGGAGUCAUCAAUCCUGGAGAAUGCAAGAUUGGGAUCAUGCCAGGCCACAUCCACAAGAAAGGAAGAAUUGGCAUUGUGUCUCGAUCGGGUACUCUGACGUACGAAGCUGUACACCAAACUACACAAGUUGGCCUGGGACAGUCUCUCUGCAUUGGUAUUGGCGGCGAUCCAUUCAACGGUACAAACUUCAUAGACUGUCUGGAGGUGUUCCUGCAGGAUCCCAAGACAGAGGGCAUCAUCCUUAUUGGAGAGAUCGGAGGCGAUGCAGAGGAGAAUGCAGCAGAAUACCUCAAACAGCACAACUCUGGUGCUAAUUCAAAGCCCGUGGUGUCCUUCAUCGCGGGGCUAACUGCUCCUCCUGGCCGCAGGAUGGGCCAUGCUGGCGCCAUCAUCGCUGGUGGAAAGGGUGGAGCCAAAGAGAAAAUUGCAGCCCUCCAGUCAGCUGGAGUUGUUGUCAGCAUGUCCCCGGCCCAGCUGGGCAGCACGAUGUUCAAGGAGUUUGAGAAGAGGAAGAUGCUGUAAAUUGUGCAGGAAGGCGCCCAACCUUUCACCCCUUCAUGCCCCGACGAUGAGAUGAACAGCCAGAUUCUGGAGGUGGACGUGGCCGACAGUAUCUGUAUAGCCUGAUUAUUACAACUACAAUGCACACAUACAGUGUUUAUAUUGUAUUUCUGCCAUGAGCUUGUACCUUGCACAUAAUGAAAGAAUAAAACAUAGUGUCUUAAUAGGAUCCUAACAAACUCAUUGUAUACAAUGUCAAAGCUUUAUAGGUGUUUUUCCUUCCUUGGCACAAUGAUGGCAGGUGACGUGAAGAUGCCAUGGUAACCUUGGUGAUCUGUUUUGUUCUGCUAUACUCCUGUAAGACAUAUUUUAUCAUUUAUUUCACUGGCUGUCCACCUGAAUAAGAAAUAUUUCUCAUCUCAA